GAUGACAACUUAGACUUAGUACCUAGCUACUGUAAGUACUACCUAUGUCAGUCGUUUCCAGGUCGACUCUCACCUUUCGCCCCAUCCUCAUGACAAGGCCGCCUUUAACUAACCCACAUCCCACUUUCUUUGCCCAUGACUAUCUAACACCGCUUCAUAUCUACCAUUUUCCUCAAUCUAAGCACUGUUAUUUACUCUUUGGUUAUUAGCAGCGACACUGAACCACAAUUAACCAACCGGCAAUUGCUCUUAUUAUAUAGGCAAUAUCGCGUCUUAUAUCUCCAUCAUGGCAACUGAUCGUGUCAAAGCCUCCGUCCUCCACGGUGAGAAGGACCUAAGACUGGAAGAGCGUGAACUCCCCAAGCCUUCCAGCAACGAAGUUCAAGUGGCUGUCCAAUCCACUGGUCUUUGCGGCUCAGAUCUUCACUACUACAACCACUUUCGCAACGGCGACAUCAUCGUGCGAGAACCUCUGACUCUAGGUCAUGAGUCGGCAGGCACAGUCGUAGCCGUUGGUUCAGAAGUCACACACCUCAAACCUGGGGACCACGUUGCCCUUGAAGUUGGUCUUCCUUGCGAGACCUGCGAGCUCUGUGAUGAGGGCCGCUACAACAUCUGCCGCGGUAUGAAGUUCCGAAGCUCAGCAAAGGCCAACCCUCAUGCCCAAGGAACGCUUCAGGAGCGAAUUAACCACCCUGCCAAGUGGUGUCACAAGAUGCCCGAACAUGUCACCCUCGAUCUCGGUGCUCUUGUUGAGCCUCUAUCUGUCGCCAUGCACGCUCGAGACCGCGCCUCCCUCCCUAAAGGCUCAACAGUUCUGGUUCUCGGCGCCGGGGCCGUUGGGCUUCUAGCAGCCGCUGUCGCCAAGGCCGACCAGGCAAAGACAGUCAUAAUCGCCGACAUUCUCAAGGACCGCCUGGAUUUUGCCACAAGCAAUGGCUUUGCCGACGCCUCAGUAGUUGUUCCCAUGGAACGCCCGCAAACUAUCGAGGACAAGCUGGCUUUCGCUCAAAAGGUUGCUGCCAUGGUCAAGGAGACUCAAAUCGAUGGAGAGGCUAUUGGUGAGGUUACAGCUGUCUACGAAUGCACAGGUGUCGAAACUUGUGUUCAAACCGCCAUCUACGCUACCAAGCCUGGAGGCAAAGUCAUGAUUAUCGGUAUGGGCACUCCAGUACUCACCAUCCCCAUGUCAGCUGCUGCCCUUCGCGAAGUAGACAUCGUGGGUGUCUUCCGUUAUGCCAACACAUACAAGGAGAUCAUUGAGCUCCUCUCCAACCCCCCUGCGAAUAUGCCCGAUGUUAGCCGUCUGGUCACUCAAAGGUAUAGCGGCAUGGACAAGAUCGAGGAAGCUUUCAAGAUGGCGGGGAAGGUGAGGGACGAACAAGGCAACCUUGUCAUCAAGGUUGUCGUGGACUUCAGCGAAAAAUGACUGCAGGCUCGUUUAUAGAAUUGUAUUACUUGAGCGGGUUUUCAUCGGUGUAUUAUUUGGGUGGAAUAAAAGGCGAGCAUGCUGAACGGCGAUGUCUUGGGAAUUUUGGAUACCUUUCGUGGUUUUAUAGAAAUCGGCGACGUAAUUUGACCGCUU